CUUGGUCACCCGCUUCGAAACCGCUCUUUCAAGCAUUUAAACAAAUGUCCCGUUUAAAACAUUAAAAGUAAUUUCACUUAAAUACAAUGACAAUACGUUUGUGUUAUUGAAUGGGAUUAUAUAAAAUGUGAUGACAUGGUUUUAUCAAAAGGUUUUGCACUAAUAAAACUUCAGAAUGUUUUCGCGUCUGUCCCAAAUGGAUACAGACUCGGAAGUUGGCGAGACUUUUAAGUUAACGCAAACCCGCGUUACACCGAGAAAAUCAUCCAUUAACGCUUUUUCGGACGAACUUCUUAACUGCCAAUUGUGUCAUAGCCGUUUUAAAAACCCAAAGAGCUUGACUUGUCUGCAUUCCUUCUGUGAAACUUGCUUGGAUAUUUACAUAGCUAAACUUCCGGGAGGUAAGAGUAGGUUCUUUCCGUGUCCAGUUUGUCAGGAGAUAAACCCAGUUCCUAAAUCUGAAAAAGCUGAGAACGAAAGUGGAGAGUGGGCCCCCGAAUUGCCAGGCGGGUCUGUAACUAUGACGUCACGAUCUAGAAGAUCGUCCAUGGACGAGUUUGCGGAGCAAUUUAAUAAAAGCAAUGAUCGGUCCAUGGCGUUAACACUACGUAAUGAUAAAAAGUGUAACCCAUGUUCAGCAAAUGACGAGGUCGUUCAGGCUUUAUACUAUUGCCCCACGUGCAGAGAGUCUCUAUGUGAUAUGUGCACGAAAAGUCACCGAGGAAUGAGGAUAACUAAAACACACGCGUUGAUGGAUAUUGAUGACGUAAAGGAAAAACCCAUACACAUGAUCCGAUCCCGUGAAAUCUGCCCAGAACAUCGGGGUAAAUUGUUAGAUCUAUACUGCCAAGACCACCAGACAAUGGUGUGUAACACCUGUGUGGCAAUCCAUCAUCGACGCUGUGAUACCAUACUGGGCGUUGACAGAGUCGCCCAGACACAUAGGUCUCAGAAAACUAACAAAUCGUUGCAGCAAAGACUAAGGCAUUGCAUCAACAUUGUAGACCAUGUCUUAUCUAUCAAGGAACAGUCGAAAAAUAGGCUGAUCACGAAGAAAGAGGGAAUUCUAGACGAGGUUUCUAAGUUGAAGAUGUCUAUAAUACAACUUCUUGAUGAACUGGAGGAAAAGAUGAAAGAAGAAAUUGACGCCGUUUGUCGUGAUUAUGAAGACAUCUUACAAGGGAAAAUAGACCGCAGUAAGGGACUUAGAGAUUCUAUACAAAGUACUCUGUCAACUAUUCAAAAUACAUUAGAAAGCGGGACCGAUUACCAGCAAGUCUUAGUCACACAGACGCUCAAGGAUGAAGUGGAAAAAUACGAAAAUAUGGCUGACAACGAGCGAAUUGACUACAAGGACAUUGAUCUGAUGUUUACAGCUGACGAAAAUCUCGUUCGAAUGGCAAAAAUGGUUGAUCGAAUGGGCUAUGUUGAAAUCACUGAAAAACGCGAAAUGUCCAAACCCUUCAGGCACUGUUCUGCACAGAAGAAUGGAAUUAUAAACGGUAAAAUCAAAGGCGAUCGGAACGGUAGCAUCUUCAAUUCGGUGGACAUAUCCGAUACCGGUGAAAUUAUAUUGUCUGAUUUCAACAACUGCUCUGUGAAGCUGUUUGACGCAUUCGGAAUGUUUCGGUCAUCUUCGAAGUUAAAUUCACCUCCCCGCGGAGUCUGCAUGCUACCAGACAAAAUGGCCGCAAUAGCACUUCCGGAAGAAUGCGUUAUCAAGCUUAUGUCAUUGGAUGGCAAAUUCUUGGCAAAUAUCCGGGAACUACACACCUCCUUUAAGGCGUAUAGAAUAAGUAGUUACCGCGGGAAACUUGUCGGUAUAUGCUACUCAAAAGCUUGUAGAAGUUUGUCUAUCAUAGAAAAGAAUGGUCGUGUAGAAAGAACCAUCACCCGUAAACGAGAUUACAAAGGGUUAGGAGGCGUGGCUUAUGACUCCGUGAAAAAUUACAUCUACAUGUCUGAUCGAGAUACCAUUGCUUGCUAUAAUGGAGCAGGAAAGCAGGUAUUUCGAAACACGUACAGACGAACGGAUCUUCGUGGAAUGGCGCUUGAUUGUCAAGGGAAUAUUUACGUCUGCUCUCAUGACUCGGGGCAAGUUCUUCAAAUUUCUCCAGAUGGAACGCUCAUAAAGUCGAUUUUGGUUCCAAUAUCUCCGCAAGAUGUCGCUAUAGAGCCGAUGGGAAACAAAAUGGUUGUAGUUGGCCUUGGAGAAGUUGUUCACGUUUACAAUCUCGUUUAAAAUGAGAUCUUGCAAAACUUUCUGAUAUAUUUACAUACAAACAUUUUCUGAUAUAUUUACAUAUGAACACUUUACCAAAGCAGUACUGUACCAAAUCAGACAAACAUUUUCUGAUAUACGACUAUACCUUUUCUGAUAUAUUAACAUAUAAACUAGAAGUG